CUGAGGCGUGAGGCCGGGCGUGGGGCGGGGGUGGGACAGGGCAGAGGUCAGCGGUCAGCGGGGACAAUGGGUGACACGUGACGCGCGGGGCAGCGCAGCGCAGAGCAACGCAGCGCAACGCACCGCCGCGCCGGCCGUCGCCAUGGACGCACGCGGCACCGGACAGGCGCUGUUCGACGCCGCCGCCGCCCUCUCCGAGUCGCGAGGUACUCAACACCAGCCCGCGAACGCUCUGCUGCGCCAUUCGAGCCAGUGCCCUCACCAGACGGUGCGCCGCGAACAGGGUCGCGGGACGGAGAGUACUGCAACCGUCUGGAGCAAUGCUGCGACGCCAAUUGCUGGCCCUCCAUUAUCUACCUGCUUCUUGGUGGUUUUCUUUGUAUUGAUUGUGCUCAUCUGCAUCUGUAAAUACUGCAUAAAAGCCCUGUACGAGUCGGGCUGGGCGAUGAGGCGCUUUGGCGAGCGGCGCGGGCUGCUGCUGCACGCGCAGCGCACAGAUCUGCCGCCGCCGUACUACACCAGGAGUCCAGAGCGAUGGGGAAAACGCAGCUGCAGCACGUCUGAGACUGAAUUCAGCAGUCUGGGCCCGGAUGUAGAGCAGCCCCUCGCGAGCUUGCCCGCCCCUUAGCACGACCACAAGAGGCGGUCGUUCCAGCGAGCAGCACACGAAACGAUCUGGAGCUGCACAUCGCAACUCUUGCGACACACACGCAGACUACGCUGGUCAGACGAACUUUGGGAUGAUAUCCCGGGCGAUAACUCUAAAAACAUUUCGCUCAAAACGAAAUGUGUGAAUGAAGUAUCGAUAAAAUCUAGUUUCAGUGCGAUUGAAUUUUUCGCACAAUAUUUUCUGCUACUGAAACUUGUUUUUGCUUUCCUGCUCCUGAAAUCUAGUUGAUCAUUUUAGUAAAAAAUUAAAUUUAAAUUAUUAAAUAUAAAUUAAUUAUGGAUUUAUAUUGAAUAACAGAAUACGAAACACAGAAGAAAGGAAAGGAUGACAAGAAAAAUAUUUUCAGUUGACUGGGAUUUUUGUAAUGAGUGUUGACUACACUAUGUAACACGAUUUGUGUGCUAAUUUUUUAUAAGUUCUUGUUAACGACGGAAAAAGACGUUUCAAGUAAAAAUGAUUGUUUUUGUUAUCAGAACGAAUACAUGUAUUAAAUUAUCACAUUCU